CCUCACGAGCAGGUCCGAGCGCGGCUGCGACCACAUAAUUCAAAGAGAGAGAGAGAGAGAGAAAAAAAAGAAAGAAAGCCACGGAUCUGUUCGGGACUUUUCUGUGUGUUUCCCCUGCCUCGGCCAGAGAGCUGUAACCUGCUUCUCCAUUUUUAAAGCCCUCCUCAGCGCCACUGUAUAUAGACAAAACAACAGGAUGACAACACAUUUCAGGAGCGGCCCAGCCUUCGGACUCUCAGCCGAGGUCAAGAGCAAGCUUGCAGGGAAGUACGACCCCCAGAAGGAAGAGGAGCUGAGGCUGUGGAUCCAGGAUGUGACCGGCAAGAGGAUCGGGGACAGCUUCAUGGAGAGCCUGAAGGAUGGAGUCUUGUUGUGCGAACUCAUUAAUGUUCUCCAGCCAGGUUCUGUGAAAAAGAUCAACAACUCCAGUCAAAACUGGCACCAGCUGGAAAACAUAGGGAAUUUUGUCCGUGCGAUCACGGAGUACGGCCUGAAGCCACAUGACAUCUUUGAGGCCAACGAUCUGUUCGAGAAUGUCAACCACACUCAGGUCCAGAGCACACUCAUCGCUCUGGCUGGAAUGGCCAAGUCCAAAGGUUUCCACUCCAAGUACGACAUCGGAGUGAAGUACGCUGAGAAACAGCAGCGCCGCUUUGCUCCAGAGAAGCUCAGGGAGGGACGAAACAUCAUCGGCCUGCAGAUGGGCACCAACAAGCUUGCCAGCCAAAAGGGCAUGACCUCUUACGGCACACGACGCCAUCUGUAUGAUUCCAAGAUGGCCAUGGACAACCCAGUGGACCAGUCUACCAUCAGCCUACAGAUGGGCACCAACAAGGGAGCCAGCCAGGCUGGCAUGACAGCUCCAGGAACCAGGAGGCACAUCUUUGACAGGAAGCUGGAGCUGGAGAACUGUGACACUACCACCAUCUCUCUGCAGAUGGGCACCAACAAAGUGGCCUCCCAGCAGGGCAUGACCACCUACGGCCUGCCCCGCCAGGUCUACGACAACAAGUACUGCGCCAACCCCACCGAGGCCUACUACAACAACGGGAGUGAGGUGGAGUUUGAUGGCUACAACCAAUACUCUGACUGAGGACACCACGGACAGCCUCACCCCCCCCACCCUCCCCCCACCCUCCCUUCCUCUUUGCUUAACUUCAGACAACCAACCACAGCUGUCUCUGUGACGAGCAAACCUUCCAGACUGUUAUUUAACACUCAUUGACGUCAUUGUCGUCUUCAUUCCCCAGCUUUGUCUAAACAUACUUUUACUCUUAGGGAUUUAUUGUUUGUCUUUCCAUGAGUAAAAGAAAAAAAAAGGUGUUUACACUGACCUUACGUCAAAAAUUUCAUGCAGUGGCCAACUAGUGUAUCUCAUUGUUCUGAUGAAUUUUAUUACCGCCUAAAAAUACCCACAACACGGAUUUAAUGACCUGUGCUAUUUAUAGAGUUUUUUUUCUACAGCUUUUUAUACUUGCAUUGUGAUUAAAGAUUUAUAACUGUUUUAUACCCCUCGCCUCACCUCCCUUCCCUUCCAGUCCAGUUUGAACACUGACCAAGCAGAAUUUGAAAGUUCCUUGAAAGGAAGCAGUUGACUGUUGGUGCUAUUGAACUUUGACCCAGUUGGAGCUCCGCAGGCUGCAGGAUUCAACUCCUCGGGAUGACCCAGAAGGUUCAUGUCCACAGGCUGACGGGGGCGGACGAUGCGGGAGGACUUAUAGCUUUGUGCGGGCUUUGCUUUGUUUCGUGAGCACCUGCGCUGGCAAAUGGUCAUGUUCACAAGCCUGCCAAAUUAUCCGCGCCGUUUUACGGGGCUAAUUUACAUGGCUUGUGUGCGGCACGAGUCUUUGGUUUUUGAGGAUGUAUGCAGAGGAAGAAGAGAGGUCUGUCAGACAGUGCUGACAGUGAUGAAGAGCAAAUGGAGGUGUUGUGAUAUCUAGUUUGAAAUUGGGGUAAACUUAGUCACCUGUAGUUUUUGUCCUGUUGUUUCUGCUUCCAUCCACUUGGGAACAUGUUGCCUUCUGCUUCAGUGAACUUCAGCUUUAGUCCUGUUGCUCCACUUGCACUUUACUUCGCCUCACCUUGUGUGCAGUAAACAGUGGUGGAAUGUAACUAAGUACUUUUACUCAGAUGCGGUACUUAAGUGCAAAUUUGAGGUACUUCAAUUUAAUGCCACUUUACACUUCUACAGCACUGCAAUUCUGAUGGUAAUAUUGAACUUUGUACUACAUUACUUCACAAAAUAACAUUUUACAUACAAAACAAGUAAGUUUAUCGAAUAUCAUGUAAGUAUCGAUACUAAUAGUAAAAAUAUUUACUUUUCAUACUUUAAAGCUGGAGUGUCAGAAGCACGUUGUUUGUGUAAUUACUGUCACUGCCAGAAGGGAGAGACAAAAGCUCCACACUGCAGGUUCAAGUACAUUUAGCUAGUAAUGCCUAACUACUUUAACUUAAGUAACAUUUCAAAUACUGGACUUUUAAUUGUAAUGGAGUAUUCUUUAACAUUGUGGUAUUGCUACUUUUACUCAAGUUAAGUAUCUGAGUACUUCAUCCACCACUGUCAGUAAAUGGCAAUAUCAAAGUAGAUCCUGGCACCCACUGAUAAUUACCAAGUGAAUCAUGCUAAAUAUAGAGAUGAGACUUUCAUCAUACUGUUAACCCACCAAAUGUCUUGAAUGUAAUGUUAUUGCAUGGUCAGAGGUGUCACUAGCUGUUACAGGAGUCAUUUUCAACACAUUAGAGGGCACAAAUGUACAUUUACAAAGUUCUAAACAGGACAAUCAAGCACUUAUAGCCUGGAAUUAAACAUCUGCACAUCUGCACAUCUUUGCACAAUAUUCAGAUUUACUGGCUUUGAAUUACUGUCAAAAUUAGCUCUUCUACGGGCUUCAUAUUUGUGUUCACGUGCUGAAUGAGACAGUAGAUUUGAGCUCCUCAACUGGUCAUUGUCAUUCAACAGCAAAGGCAUCACUGCCACAAUUUAGAACAUGUGGCAGUGAUGCCAUCUAGUGUUGAAAAAGCACAAGGACAUUUACUGCAUUUUCAAACCAUCAACCGCUUAAACAUGAAUUUUAUUCAAUCAAACAUGAGAAUGUAGUUGUUUAACAGUGCAUUUGUUUAUUAUCAUUUCUUGUGAUAUCCAGAAAAGCAACACUGUUGAGUAAAUGUAUAGUAACAUUCCACCUCAAUGUGUUGGCUUUGUUUCAACAUUGUUCAAACUUUACAUCUUUGCUAACCUCUUGAUUUUUUUUCUAUAUGCCUUUCACUAAACAUGACAUUUGUGCAAUAAAAACACUUGAAAAAUAUGG